AGUCCGCCGUCGCGUUCGCAUCCUUUCGCGUCGAAGGAGGUCUCGGUGUUAUUCCGUCGGGGUAUAUUUACCUCCGUGCAUCGUAACGAUCCUAAGAAACGGCUGUCGCGACAGCCUGUCAAGUGUCACAUAUUCGAUUCAUACUGCAUCGCGAAAGUGCUUUGAGAAAACACAGGUCGGAAAGAUCGCGUUAAAAACUUUACGAAGUCGGCCAAACUUCGUGUCGUCUACGCGGAAAUCUAAUCUUCAGCUUUCCGUUCGGCAAAAAUUCGUGUGCGACUGCUGUCAUCGGCAAAUACUCAUCUAUGAUUUUCCGGCAAACACAGCAGGUUUAGCCUCGAACUACUCGUAUCCGACGUCUUCGGCAGGAAUAUUCAGCUAUUGACAUAUCGUAGUGCUGUUGGAAACAAGCCUGUGGCUCUAUCGAAGUGCUCAAAUACAAAAAGUGGAAAUAUUACGUCUUACGCGGCAUAAGAAACGGACGAUUGGAUUUCCAGACUGUGUUCCUUAUUGUGAGCAGACAAAGCUGAUUACAAUCGCGCUUUGAAAAGCGCGGUGGAAUGCAUAAUUCUUGCUUCAAAGAAUUUCUACGCUAAGGUCGUGUGGGUACAGUCAUGGCCGUGGAAAGAAGAGGGAACAGAGAAUUACGAACUUUGAGAACGGCUGAUUGCUGCUGAGAGAUAGUUUUAAAGACUUUUGUAUUCGUAAGGAUCCGCGUAAUUCCUGCCCGCGCGUUCACGAUUUUAUCCGAAGACUCUAUCUGUGUGAAAGACAUUUAUUUUAUUUAUCUACGUUAGUGCCAGCAUGACUCGUAUCAAUGUUCGGUUUGACAAGUGAUUUAUCUGCUUCGAGUUCCUGCUGUGCGAUACAACGUCAAAAACGAAUCGCGCUUAAAUCGUUCACGCGACAUGCAACAUCGCCGCGCGGGCGGCGAUUUGUGGGACUUUUGAAUAUAUCACGCGGAAGAUGCAGUAAUAUCGCGGCGGUGUAAGAGAAUUGGAAACAUGAAUCUCGCCGUUCUCGAAUCGAUGAUCGUCGCCUGGCUGGCAUCGGCGACGCCUCGUUCGAGCGACGCGCUCGACGAGACGGCUGAUUACUACUCGCUUAUGGACGACGGGGAUUUCGAGUACAACAACGCCACGAACUGCACCAACGACUAUUGCAUCCCGGAUGAGGACUAUAUCGGGCUGAUGAUGCAGCACAUAUUCCCGAAAUUCUCCGACUGGGUGUUAAUCGGAAUGCACAGCGUCGUUUUCGUGAUCGGCCUGAUCGGCAACGCGCUCGUCUGCAUGGCUGUCUAUCGGAAUCACUCGAUGCGCACCGUGACCAAUUAUUUUAUUGUCAACCUGGCGGUGGCCGACCUCCUCGUUCUGCUAAUCUGUUUGCCGCCGACGGUUCUCUGGGACGUCACGGAAACCUGGUUUCUCGGAUUAAGGCUCUGCAAGACGGUGCCUUAUCUCCAGACAGUAUCGGUGAGUGUCAGCGUUUUGACGUUGACUUUCAUAUCGAUUGACCGAUGGUAUGCUAUAUGCUUUCCGUUGAGGUUCAAAUCUACGACGGGACGAGCGAAGACCGCUAUAAUACUAAUUUGGAUGAUAGCGCUGCUUUUUGACAUUCCAGAACUGCUAGUGUUGCAUACAGUUCCGUCGAACAGUCGAGUGCAGACUAUAUUAUUCACGCAAUGUAUCUGGUCAUGGAGUCAAGAGAGUCAAACCACCUUCACGAUUGUCAAGCUGAUUUUUCUGUACACCGUACCGUUGCUCUUUAUGAGCGUAGCGUACUGGCAGAUCGUGUGUGUUCUUUGGAGGAGUAAUAUUCCAGGACAUAAUUUGUCCACCAGAAUCUGCAAUUCGACCGAGAUUCCACUUUCCGGAGGUGGAAAUCCAGAAGGUCAAUUAAGAUCUCGACGGAAGGCAGCGAAGAUGUUAGUCGCCGUAGUCGCUACAUUCGCAAUAUGUUUCUUUCCAGUGCAUCUGCUCUCUAUUCUAAGAUGUACCAUGACAUUACCAUCAAAUCAGUGGACGAUCGCCCUUAGCCUAAUCGCCCAUUGGCUUUGCUAUUUCAACAGCGCGGUGAAUCCUGUCAUCUAUAAUUUUAUGAGCGGAAAAUUUCGCAAAGAGUUUAAACGUACUUUCCGAUGUUCCCACGAUAGUAGAAGUUGCGUCCAUAAACGUGGAGUCCCAGGCAUCUCGGAUCCCUCUAAACUGAGAUCUCGGACUUACACAAGAUCAAUGCACACAUUAUCCAACAAUAAUAAUGUGCGACAGAGUACUGAAGUCAUACCUCUUAGUGCUAUAGUUAAUAUACCGCAAACUGAGAAACAAGAAUAAUCAUGCUUCAGAGUAUCUUUACUCUAAAAUAUACCGGAUGUUCUUUUCAAUAGAUUUUUGACCAAUUUAAAAAAAAAUAUUUAAGCAUCUAUACUUUUUUUGAACAAUUAACAAUUAGAAAUAGAAGUUUUAGAACAAACUAAGCUUCAGAAAGAAAAAAAAAUACAUAAAAGCCAUCUUUUUUUUAGCCAAUUUUAAAUUAACUCGAACAGAGUCUUAAUUUAAAGUUGACAAAAUUAUAUAUACAGUAUUCAAUAUUCCUCCACACAUUCUACAUAGUAUUAAAGAUCCUUGCUUCCUCAUUUUUGAGAGAAAAUUGUACCUGGAUUGGUCAAAGAAAAUAAUGUAAUUAAAAAAAAAAACAUCUAAUAGCUUAGGACACUUUGUAUAGCGAUAAUUCUGUAAAAUUGCCAGAGUAUCCUUAGAUGAAAUCAAAUUGUUCCUAUAUACUGUUAUAUGGAUAAGUGUAUCUCAUUCAAGAAAUGUUUCCUUAAAUUUUGUUGAAUUGAGAUAAACUAAAUCUUAUACUGUGCUGAACUGCUAUGUAAAUAGGCUAUUGUAAAUUAUAAAUCCGCACAAUAUACCGUCGAGUGUGUUGCUUUAAACAUUUUACUUUAUUAUACUGUAGAUAUAUAUGUAGAUAACAAUGUACACAUCACAGAACGAUAACUGAAAGUGGAGACUCUUAAACACAAUAAUAAAAUUUAAAGGAAUAAAACGCAAGUAUAAAUAUAAAGCGUUGUAUUCUAUCUAUCUGGCAAAUUUAAAGCAUCUCAAUACGUUCCCUCUUAUGUCAUUUGUAAUUAUUUAUUUUCUAUAAUACAUUUGAACAUAUCAAUCAAAAUAUAUCUACAAAGUUUAAUAAAGUGUAUGUAAUCCUAUAUCUUAAAGUUAUUAUAUAAAGCUACAUAUGGUAUUUGUUUUAUAAACUGUACAAUAUGCUACAGCGAAUGACGUAUUCUUCCUCAAUUCAUUUUGCACGGAAAUUUACAUUUUUAUUACGCAGAAAUGUUGUUCAUCAUAUAUAAAUUGUCUAGUAAAAGUUUCUUUUAAUAGAAUUUUGUUUCUUUAAGGCUUUGCACAACUUCGCCGUCGUAUUGUAUACUUCUAUAAUUAGCAUGAUAAGUUAAAAAGGAAAUAAAUUGAUUAUUUUUACUUUAA